GUUUUUGUCUGCUUUUUCCAAGUAAGUAGUGAGAGAGGACUUGGUGUCCGCUAUUUGUGGGGUUAAGGAGUUAGGAGAGUACAGUUUCUAAAAAUGUGGCUUGCGUUCUCGUUUCAUCUCUUACGCCACCACUACUGUUUGAGACAUUUGUAUUUUGACCAAUCCGUGAAAGUUUUAGUAUAUCCAGACUGCCAGUAAGUGCCUUGUUUGGUAGGAGCCAAAGAUGGAAGAGAAAUUUGUCAAUGCAAUGAAAAAUGAUCAAACGAAUGAAGAUUCACCUCUUAGAUUGAAAAAGGAUAGGGGAAUGGUAGAAGACAAUAGUUCAGAGUUUACUGCAUCAAAAGCCAAAGGAUCAGUCGAAGGAAAAUCAAAGGAGACACUAACAUCAGAUGUGAAGAAAUCAUAUGUAGGUGAAAGAUGCAUUGAGGAAUCACUUUUUCAAAGCCAACUGGUUACUGAUGUUACAAAGCUCAAGCAUAUGCAUUUUGGAACUCUCAAUGAGAAACAUCUCCGGCAACAUUACUUGGAUUUGGUUAAAGUUAGACCAUCUGAAUCUUUAGCUAUAGCCUGUAGCCCCUCCUACCCGUGCAAUAUUGCUGUGAAGCUAAGGUCCUCAAAAAUGGAGAUUCUUUUGGAUGGCUUAAAACCAAUUAAAAGUAGAAGAAGAAAUACAUGUGAUCUGGGUAGUUUUUCUAUUGACUGCCCAUCAGCAGCUAGACAAGGGAAUUUAGCCAUCAGUCCUGUCGGACAGUUGAUUGUUGGGGCAGUUGCAGGGAAUGACAAUGUGAGGAGUAUCUUAAAGAGCCCAUUAAUUUAUCAUUUAGGGGCCCUAGGUGGUGACAAAAAGACUAAGAAAGCGAGGUCAGCAAAUCUUAAAGAAGAAAAUUGCUCUCGGAUCAUGAGCUCUCCGGAAUUACCAAGUAUUACUUCAUCAGCGAAGCUAGAAAAAGAAGCAAUUACUCUAGAAAAUAAGAGAAAUGGACAGGAAAAAGUGCAUAAAAGGCUUUUAUCUAUCUCAAGUACAAAUUCUAGUUGUUCAGAUCUAUCUUCCUUAUCUGCCUGUGCCCCUGUUUCUCAGGGAAUGCUUCAUUGCAAAUGGAAAGGUGGAAUCCCUUAUUUUAUGUUCUCUGUAGAUGAUCAGAGGGAGGUCUAUGCAGCUAACCUGCAGAAGGUUGAGUCAUCAAACGAUAAGGGUCUGGAUUAUGUGUACUCUUUUCACUCGAGAACAGAUGAGCAAAAGGUACUGGGGACUUUUGAUAAUUUGUUGGACCUUGUUGGUAAAAUGAGGGUAUCAAGUUCUUUUAUUUUAUGCCCCAACAGUUCGAAACUCAUGGAGACUGAAUUUAUUUUGUUUGGUACUGAUGAACCCCAUCCUAGUGAGAUGCAAAGUUUGACUUCAACUGCUAAAAAGAAUCGGAGGUUCUCAAAAAAGGUAGUGGAUGCAUUCAGGACAAGCCGUCAAUCCAAGAAUAAAUCUAGGCCCAAAGGUGUACCAAGCUCCAUAUAUGAGGAUCUCUCUGGGGAGCAAUGUGUAGAACUGUGGGGUGAGCUGGAUGCACUGGAUUCUACCCUCCUAGAGAGUAACCUUUCCCCAAAUCUUGAGUUGGCUGCCAUUGUUGUGAGAGAUUAUGUCCAUGACACUUGUCAAGAGGCAGCAGUUGGAGGCUGGGGCUUAAAAUUUCUUGAGAAAGUUAGGGAAGAGAAAGCUAAUACUCCUGUUGAAGACUUCGAUUCUCUGGAAAGAUGCCAAGAAAAUUCUCAUCGAAAUAGAAAUGAUUGUUCUACUAGCAUGGAUGUUUUAAUCCCAGCAGGAUUUCAUGGUGGUCCAAGAAUGAGAAAUGGUGGCCCUUCUGGUCUUACUGCGAGGUGGAGAUCUGGUGGACACUGCGAAUGUGGUGGCUGGGACAUUGGAUGCCCUCUUAUAGUACUCCACAACAUGUCAGGCAAGGAAGUCAUGCCGCAAGCAGAUGCACAACAGGAAUGCAGAUCAUUUGAUUUAUUCAUGCAGGGAACGAAGCAUGAGGAGCCCACUUUGAGAAUGGUGAAUAUCCAGGAUGGUAUGUAUUUUAUUCAUUUCCAAUCAACUCUAACAGCUCUACAGGCUUUCUCCAUAGGAGUGGCUACUAUUCAUACUCAGAGUUCUGCUCUUUGUCCAAAAAAUGUAGAGAAGUUGAAGCAGCAGAAAUCAGGGGUGACAAUUCUGUAGUAUUCUGAUUGAAUUAUGACAGUUACAUGGUUGUAAAUUGUCUUUUUUGUAUCACCCCAAUGAGAAAUGAAAUUAUUUAUGCAUGA